AUGCCUGUUCAGAGCACUUUGUCAAUGACGGAACCUAUUCCUAUGUUACCAAACAUAUCGCCAACCCCGACUGCCGCUCAAUCGAUGGAUGAAUGUGAUAAUUCGACCAGCAAGAGGGAAUUCACCAUUACUACCUCGCUCAAACUGUAUGUAUCCAGCAAAAGCAAACAGAAGAAGAAAAUAUGGGUCCAGGUUACAUCAAAGAACGAUUUCACGGUGACCGUCGUACCCGGUGAUACUUCUUAUGAAGAGUUCCAAGACCAUGUGGCGGCGGCGUGCGAUCGGGAGGUUCCUAAUUCGGGUGAUAUUGUAGCUGAGAACAAACCCGAUCUCUUCUGGAAUGUGACUUUGAGCCGGGUAAAAGGUUGGCUCAAAGGUGAUGGCAGGACUCUUACGGAUGCUGAGUCGUUCGACGAUUGGAUGGCGGCGAUCCUGGCCAGCUGCAAGAAGAAAGACGUCCCCAUAACCUUGGCUCUCAGGAUGACCAACCCCGCCGAUAUUGUCAAACAAGGGAAGCAGGCCGAUAUCCUUGCGAAGUGGGCGAAACUUAAAAAGGCCAUGGAAUUGAAGAAAGCCGCCAAGCGCAAAGCCGGCGAUGAAGAUGACGAGGAUAUGAGUGGCGACGAGGACAACGAGAUCGAUCCGGAGGACUGGAAUGAUGUCGAUUUCCACAUGCGUGCACUGUUUGAUGCCAAUCCGAUCAACCUCGAAUACGAUGCCCAUUGCCCGGUCUUCCUCCACCCAACGGUCACUGGUAGGUAUAUCCUGCUGACGAUGGAGGCGUGCCAAGAAUGGGCAAUCGGGAUUAUGGAUGAAAAAUCCCCGGGGGUGAAUAUGAUGAGCCCCCCAAAGAACCUCACUUGGGAAGAUUUGGGGUCUACUAAGAAGAAGCAGAAGACCGCAGCCUCUGCAACACCGACUGGAGAGGAUAAGGCCACUUGGUGUCGAAUGAUGGUGGAAGCAUUUGUAGAGGUUGGUAAAGCUCGCGCAAGUGCUAACGAUGCCCCCCCCGGCUCCGAUGGGAUCCCUUACCAGCCCGACUCGGAGACGCAGAUUGUUGAUUACUUGCGCUUCUUGAACAUUCGCAACCUCGACUCGGUCCACAAUGUACUGACCUCGAACGACAUCCUCUCACACAAAAUGUUUCGCCCCGGUUCGUCGCUCAGCCGGCAAGAGGUCCUCAGCCUUGGCCUGACAUUUGGAGUGGUCACGGCAUUGUACGACAAUGCCGCUAAGUUCGAUCGUUUCCUGAGUAACGCUUCUUAG